AUGACCCAGCCUUCCAAGAAAGUUGCCCCAGCUCCUUUGGCCACUAAGAGCCAGGCCUCUAAGGCCCCAAAGAACCCUCUCAUCGAGGCUAGCCCUAAGAACUUUGGUAUUGGCCAAGCUGUUCAACCAAAGAGAAACUUGUCGAGAUUUGUUAAGUGGCCACAGUACGUGAGAUUGCAGAGACAAAAGAAGAUCUUGUCCAUGAGAUUGAAGGUGCCUCCUGCUAUCGCUCAGUUUCAAGAUGUCUUGGACAAGAACACUGCUACCCAGACCAUCAAGUUGUUCAACAAGUACAGACCAGAGACUGCUGCUGAGAAGAAGGAGAGAUUGACCAAGGAGGCCGCUGCUAUUGCUGAGGGCAAGAAGGCUUUCGACGUUUCUUCUAAGCCAGUUGUUGUCAAGUACGGUUUGAACCACGUUGUCGGCCUCAUUGAGAACAAGAAGGCUAAGUUGGUUUUGAUUGCCAACGACGUUGACCCAAUUGAGUUGGUCAUCUUCUUGCCAGCUUUGUGCAGAAAGAUGGGUGUUCCAUACGCUAUUGUGAAGGGAAAAGCUAGAUUGGGUACUUUGGUUCACAAGAAGACCUCCUCCGUCGCUGCUUUGACUGAAGUCUCUGCUGAAGAUGAAGCCGAGUUGGCCAAGUUGGUUUCUACCAUCAACGCCAACUACAUCGAGAAGUACGAGGAGAACAGAAAGCACUGGGGUGGAGGUGUCAUGGGCUCUAAGCACAACGACAAGAAGGCCAAGAAGGCCAAGCUGUUGGAGUCUAGCCAGGCAUAG